CCUUUUCUCCGCCAACGAGAGGUUGAGAGCGAGUAAGGGAGAGUUCCCAUUGCAGCCAUGGCUUGCGCAGCUCCUUCUGCCAUUCACUCCUCGAGCCCUGCUACGUUUUUAUGCAAAUCUGCGAAGCCCAUGGCUUCCAUGCUUCCUUCAUCCCAAACCCUAACCAUCCCCAGAAGCUUCAACGGUCUUCGGCGGCCCUUCCACUGUCGCUCUUCUAGGCCAAUUUCUUCCCGCAGAUCUUCUUCGAGAAGGAGCUUCAUUGUAAAUGCUAGUGAACUCCCACUGGUUGGUAAUGUUGCUCCAGAUUUUGAAGCUGAAGCAGUUUUUGAUCAAGAGUUCAUUAAGGUCAAGCUAUCGGAAUACAUUGGAAAGAAAUAUGUGAUUCUCUUUUUCUAUCCUCUGGAUUUCACAUUUGUUUGCCCCACUGAGAUCACUGCUUUCAGCGACCGAUACUCUGAUUUUGAGAAGUUAAACACAGAGAUACUUGGUGUCUCCAUUGACAGUGUGUUCUCGCACCUUGCAUGGGUCCAAACAGAUAGGAAGUCUGGUGGACUUGGUGAUCUGAAAUAUCCAUUGAUUUCUGAUGUGACUAAAUCAAUUUCAAAAUCUUAUGAUGUAUUGAUCCCCGAUCAGGGAGUAGCAUUGAGGGGACUUUUCAUUAUUGACAAGGAAGGAAUUAUUCAACACUCUACCAUUAACAAUCUGGCCAUCGGCCGUAGUGUUGAUGAGACAAUGAGAACACUGCAGGCAUUGCAGUAUGUACAAGAGAAUCCAGACGAGGUUUGCCCAGCUGGGUGGAAGCCUGGAGAGAAGUCCAUGAAGCCAGAUCCCAAGCUUAGCAAGGAAUAUUUUGCAGCAAUAUAACAGAAACAAA